AUGCUUUCACUUGUCACGGCUUCAGUUAUCCUCCUCGGCCUUGAGCGAUGCCAAGUCCACGCGGCUCGCCAGCCUUAUGAUGUGAGGAAAAUUAUCGACGCCUUUCGUCACCCACACGAUGACCUCAUAAUUCUGUGCGCGCACCGAGGUUUGAGGUGGAAUGGCACGACGGAGAAUUCCCGUGAUGCUUACUUCCGAGCGUCAGAGGCUGGCUUGGAAUGCAUCGAGACGGAUAUCCACCUGUCACGCGAUGGUUAUCUCCCUAUGAUCCAUGACAGCGGGCUAGGCCGCACAACAGAUAUUGGUGAGCAGACCGGGCAGCCGGCAUACAACCCUUUUACCGGCCAAGGAUACAACCCGUCAACCCACGAAUAUAACUUCAAAGGGUUCAUCGAGAACCUUCAUCUACGAGACGAUCAGGGCAGAGUCCACGUCGAGGCCGUUCCUACGCUGCCGGAUAUGGUCCAAAGCAUCUAUGAGACGGGCACCAAUGUCGUGCUGCAGCUGGACUUUAAGGAGCAGGCCGCUGUCGAGCCGGCGUACUGGGCCCUCAAGGACCUGACCAACGGGGCUGGAGUACCCGCGAACGAAUGGUGCAUCUAUAAGCUACAAGCCCGGUGGUGGAAGACACCAGAGGAGUUUGAGGCGGAGCCAUGGGUUCAGGAUGCCUUUGCAUCGGGCGUCCAGCUUGCUUAUAUCCCGGUCUACAACCCCGAAGACGAAGCUUCGUGGGACACCCUGGCGUCGCUCAAGGAAUGGGCUCAGACCAACUACACAAUCAGUGCCGAGAUUGAGGUGUAUUCGACUGGCGCACCGUUGCAGAACCUCCAAGACUACGUCCUUCAUAGUGCUGAAGAGAGUGAAACAUUCAAAACAACUGGGAUCUUUUAUGCUCCCGGAGAUUUCGUCGACCCCACCACCUCUGAACUUACGCGCUUCGACACGGCCAACUAUAGCCUUCCCGAAGAUACGCGCGUCAACAACUCCGUUUACGUCUUCCAGGAGAACAAGGCACCAGUGCUCCUCGAUUCGAUCGUCGGGAAAAAAUCACUUGAUGGGCACGACUACCGUAGUGACAUGGAAUGGAUCAUAAACAAACAGAGGUUUCAGUGGGUCAUCACUGACACUCCGGACUACUGGGACGCGGAGCUGCGGGCCCAAGGUAAGCGGAAUACGAAGUAUCUAAUGGCUGGCGAGGAAGAUGGCGUAGCCAACGGGUGGUACCGACGGAGACAUGCGAGGGAACUCCGAGGGAGGUAUUAA